AUGAGCAAGCUUCAAGUAGUUGUUAUGGAAGCUCGUGGAGUUCCAAAAGUUGACGUUGUUGGAUGGUCAGACCCAUACGUUCAAGUUAAGGUCAAUGAUGGCAAGGUUGUUGAAACCAAAGUUAGAAAGAAUGAGAAAAACCCAGUAUGGGAUAAGAGAUUCCAAUUUAACGCUACAUCUAAGGAUACACUCCACUUAAGACUCAUGGAUAAAGACGCAAUUUCCAAAGAUGACCCAAUCGGAGAAAUAGUCAUUCCUCUUGGAUCAUUCAAAGUAGGUGAAUUCCAAUGCGCAUGGUUCCCAGUCAAGCUUUAUCCAGAUGUUAAGCCAGAUAAGACACCUUGCCAAAUCAGACUUUUGAUUGAACUUCUUCCAUAA